ACAGCAAACCCAAGAUUGAACUUCCGGGUCUAUGCACAGCUGGUUGUGGCGUUGCCUUUGGUUAAACAGGUCUGAAUAGAAAAGAAAUCGCACGUCUGUUCACCGUGGAUUAAUCUUAACCACUGACACGAAGGAUUCACUUAACACUGCGCUGUGACGCUCACUGCCUAUUCGGGCACAGAACCUAAAUGCAUCAGCUCACCUGCAGAGCCAUAAGAAGCUCCCACCUGUUUCCCCAGCUGAAGAGGUCCUGGCCCAGCCCUGACAUGGCCAGACCCAGCUCAGACCUGGCUGCAUUCAGGGAGAUUUUCUCCAAAGCUAAGAACGUCGCCAUCCUAACUGGAGCAGGGGUGAGUGCCGAGAGUGGAGUCCCCACAUUCAGAGGAGCAGGAGGAUUCUGGAGGAAAUGGCAAGCACAGGAACUGGCCACUCCGGAGGCCUUUUCCCGGAAUCCCUCUCGCGUGUGGGAGUUUUAUCACUACCGGCGUGAAGUCAUGCUGACAAAAAAUCCCAACCCCGCUCACCUUGCAAUAGCAGAGUGUGAGGAGAGACUCCGCCAGCAGGGGCGUGAGGUUACAGUCGUCACUCAGAACAUCGACGAGCUGCAUCGACGAGCCGGAUCCAAGAACAUUCUGGAAAUCCAUGGGAGCCUGUUCAAAACCCGAUGUAUGACCUGUGGACAUGAAGCAGCCAAUUACAACAGUCCCAUCUGUGCUGCCCUGGCGGGUAAAGGUGCUCCAGAUCCAGACACACAUGACGCCCAGAUCCCUGUUGAGCAGCUGCCUCGGUGUGAGCAGGCAGGUUGUCACGGUCUCCUGAGACCAGCUGUGGUCUGGUUUGGAGAGACUCUGGACGCAGACGUCCUGACUCAUGCAGAGCGAGUCCUGGACAGAUGCGACCUCUGCCUGGUGGUUGGUACGUCUUCAGUUGUGUACCCGGCGGCCAUGUUUGCUCCUCAGGUGGCGGCCAGAGGUGUCCCCGUGGCAGAGUUCAACAUGGAGGACACACCGGCCACCAUGAGCUUCAGGUUCCACUUCCACGGUCCCUGUGGAACCACGUUACCCCCAGCACUGGUUCGGCACGACACUGAACCACUUUAGAACCUUGGUUAAAAAAAAGUGUGUGAACCUCUGGACGACGUCAGUGGGACGAGUACGAUGAAUGUUGGGUAAAUUGGAAAUAUCCACGGAAUGUGGAAGAUGUGGAAGUGGACACGGGUGAAAACAAGAUAAUACAAGUCACGCAUUGGAUGAAAUAAUUUUUGAUUAUCAUCAAGGACUUGUCACAGAGUAGAGAGGUUUUCAUUUGGAUUAUUUACUGAAAAAUACUAAAAAAGGUUUUAUGCAAAACUAUCUAUCUAUCUAUCUCAUGUAUACACCUGCCUUAAACCUUUGCACAGCUCUGACGUCAUGAGUCCAUAAAUCUCUCCAGGUUUAAUUGCUUUUAUUCAUGAGGUUAAUGAACAACUAACGAGGUGAAUGGAAUGGAAUUAAAGAAACUGCCGAUGUAA